UUCGCUUUUCUCUCUUUGUGCAACUUGUUAAUUGUAAGCUACACUGUCCCUUUAGGACCGACAUGGUCAGAGGGUUUAAUUUCGCAUAAUAAAAAAAAAAAGAAGGAAAUCUAUUAUUAUGAUAGAGGAACAGUUGGUCAAUUUCAUUGACUAGGAAUUCAUGUCACACCAAUUUGUAUAUUCUAAUGAAAGAUAAUGUUAACUAAAAUUUUUCUUUUUUCCACAAGUUAGUAAGUCUCUUUUGUAUAACACACAUAAUAAAUACAGACGUUUGCUAUUUGCGCCAUCUUUUGCUUUCCAAUGGACAUCGAUUGAGACUGACGAAUCAAGGAAUUUUUUCUUUUCUCUAUUCAAACAUACGAUUUAUGGUUAAGUUAUGUUGUCUUUUGUGAGAAACUCCAAGCAUUUCAUUGAAGAUGAUCAAUUAAAAAAAAUAUGUCGAAGAGAUUAGAAUGAUGAUUACUAUCAUAUAUUUCAUUGAUUCAAUCAUGACUCUCAGUCACACAGAUUUUAAACGAAUCUAAUCAUAUAAACGAAGAAAAUAAUAUUAUAAUAAUUUUUUUAAAAGACAUAUUAUCGUUACAAUAUCAUAUUAAAAAAAAUUCGAUAAAUUUUUAUUUUAUUUUUUAGAUGACUUCAUCUGAAUUUUAUAAUAAUUUGAUAAUAUCAUCUUUAUUUCCUUUUCAAACUGACAAACAACCAAGUAGAUCAAAAACUCUACGUCAUAGUUAUCUCGAUGGUCUCGCUUUAUUACUUAAUGAUUCAAAUCAAUCUACAUCAGUUUAUCCAUUAGAAUAUUCACAAUCAUGUUUAACAUCAAAUGAACAUGAUAUGGGCAAAAUAUAUUCAUUAUUAAUAUCUAUUAUAUUUGAAUAUAACAAGAAUAAAUGUAUUAAACGUAUAACUGAUGAUUUAUUUGAUGAUGCUGUUUCAAAUCUAGAAAAAUUGCCAAAUGUUAAUGUUGAUAAUUUAUGUCAAAAAAUUACUUACAAUAAAUUGAAAAAAGGUUCAACUGAUUAUUAUUAUUUAAAAGAGAAAAAUAUUCUUUUAAAAGAAUAUAUUUUAAUAUUAUUUGAUUGGAUCAAGUUUAUUACUUUAAAUCGAGAUGCAAUCAAAAACAAUAAAAACAAUGUUGAACUAAAAAUUAUUUUGAAAUUUCAAGUAACUGGUGAAUUCUUAUAUAAUUCUGAAAUAUUUCGUUUUAUACUAUCAGAAGUAUAUUCAAACAGUAAUGAUACUGAACGUAUUAUAUAUUAUUUAGAUAAAGUAUCUGCACAUCGACGAUCAUUGAAUUUAAUAUUAAAAACUUUAGAAAAACGAAAAUCUGAAUAUGGUCAAAAAUAUAAAAAUAUUCAAUGGUCUUUUAUUGAACCAAUUAAAACAAUCGUCGAAUUAAAGGAAACACCAUCAUCUUCAUUUGAUAAAAUUUUGUUAGCAUGUGAUUUAGCAAAUGAUGAAAUAAAAAGAGAAUUUCAAGAUAAAUUUAUUGAAAAUAAAUUUGUUGAAUAUGAUUCAAGUUUUAAAUUAUUAACAUGUUGA